CUCGUCCUCCACUCGACCCAUUACUUCCACUGGCACCAGAGGCAUCGUACAUUUAUCAUAUUCUUCUUGCUUCUCCCCUCCAACCCCCUGCACACAUCCAUCUUGCCCAUCCCCAUCCCUCUGCCUUCAUUCUCAUCCCCCUGCCUCGACCUCCAUUCUCCCUUCGCUUCUGCUCCCUCCCCACUCUUCUUCCCCUCCACUUUCCAUUUCCUGUGACAGAAACAUGCCAGAGAAGCCUUGGGAAAGAGCCAGACAGGCAAACCCCUCUGCCGCCUCGGCUCCUCUACCCGCCCUCCCUGCAUCGUCCUCAGUCCCUGCAGCUUCCUCCAACACGACCGACCCUGGUCCACCAGCACUCCCUUCCCGCUCCCCAGCCAUGGGCGCCGCCUCUAAUACUGGAUAUCGACCAGGCAUGAACAACUACGGCACUGGCUACGGAGGCGCUGCCACUGGAUACGGAGCUGCCGGCACGGGAUACGGAGCUGCCGGCACUGGAUACGGAGCUACCGGCACCGGCUACUCGUCUGGCUACGGCAUGACUGGCUAUGGCUCCAGCUAUUCGUCUCCCUACAACAGGAUGGGCAUGGGUUACGGAUCUUCCUAUGGCUCCUCUUACUCCUCGCCAUACUCGCGCAUGGGCGGCAUGGGCAGCAUGUACGGCUCAAGCUACGGUGGAUACGGUUCGUCCUAUGGUGGAUAUGGUUCUGGAUAUGGCUCUGGAUAUGGCAUGAACAGGAUGGGCAUGAACGGCAUGAACGGCAUGAAUGGCAUGAACGGCAUGAACGGACCCAUGGGUCCAGAGGAUAUGACCCUUAUGCAGCGUAUGGAACAAGGUACCGCCCCUACCUUCCAGCUGAUCGAGUCGGUUGUUGGCGCUUUUGGAGGCUUUUCUCAGAUGCUCGAGUCGACGUUUAUGGCGACGCACUCUUCGUUCAUGGCCAUGGUUGGUGUGGCAGAGCAGUUUGGACAUCUUCGCGGCUAUCUGGGUCAAGUCUUGAGUGUCUUUGCGCUCCUCAGAUGGGCCAAGAGUCUUGCCUACCGCCUCGUGGGAAUGAAGCAGCCCGUCAACGCUCAGGAAUUGACCGCCGGCAACUUCCAAGAGUUCCAGGCUCAGCCCAGAUACUCCAAGAGACCCAUUAUCAUCUUCUUGCUUGCCAUCUUUGGGCUGCCCUAUUUGAUGGGCCGUCUAAUCCGCGCGCUUUCUAACAGAAACCUCCCAGCCCAGCAGGAGCUUUUGCCUGGCCAGGAGGGUCAGGCUCUCACAACGCCUGCAUCCGUGAACCCACAGAACCUGGACUUCGCCCGCGCACUGUACGAUUUCACGCCCUCGAAUACUCAACAGGAGCUGGCAUUCCGACGAGGUGACAUUAUCGCCAUCUUGAGCCGACACGAUCCCAUGGGCCAGGAAUCGCUUUGGUGGCGCGGCCGUCUUCGAACCGGUGAAAUGGGUCUGUUCCCAAGCAACUACGUCGAAAUCAUCAACAAGGGCGGCAACGGUAAUAAUAACAACCAGGCCAAUAGUAACGGCGCAGCUGGAGGUGUCUCUGCUGCCCUCCCCGGAGCACCAGGAGGAGUACCCAAUGCCACAUCUUCUGCAGCACCUGGACAAGUUACCUCUCAGCAGGCAGCCGAUAUUCAAGCAGCCCUCGCAGGAUCUGCGUUCGAGGAGUUCAAGUUUUAAGGCCUCAUAUUCGUCCUUGCCAUGUAACAUCAUCCGUCUUUCCCUCCGCGUGCUACGAGCUGAAAAGAGACAACGACCUGUCCUCAAAGAUUUCCGGCGCUUUUGUUCCAAUUGCUGUCAAUCGCUCUCUUCCGUUCAUCAACCUAUACCUGUACAUUAUGUUCUUUUCAUCAAACCUCAUGCCUUCAUUCCUUGUGAUCUCGACGAUAAUAAAAUCUGUGACAAUUGCUCCGUCUUGACCAUCUUGUCCGCUCACUUUCAGCUCGGCUCAGUGCGAAACAGUCACCGAGACUGAAAUAAGGGCCAGUUUGUGGCCUUCUGGACUUGUUUCUUUCUCCACA